AUGACAAGGACUAAGGUUAGGAAAAUGGUGAGAAAGAAGAUACCGAUCAAGAAGAUCGACGAUGUAACUGCGAGGCAGGUGACAUUCUCGAAGAGGAGGAGUGGUCUUUUCAAGAAGGCUCGUGAGCUUUCUCUUCUUUGUGAUGCUGAGAUUGCUCUCAUAGUCUUUUCACCUGGUGGCAAACUCUUCGACUAUGCUAGUUCAAGUAUGCAGAAAAUAAUUGAAAGGCACAUUUUACGGUCAGAGUUGAACCUUGACAAACUAAACCAGUCAUAUCCUACAGAGCAGGUUAAAUUCGAUUAUGGUGAUUUGAACAAGGAAUUAGAAGACAGAACUCGUGAACUGAGACAACUGAGUGGAGAAGAAUUGCAAGGAUUGACCGUAAAGCAACUACAGAAAAUAGAAGAAGGACUUGACUCAUCCUUGAACCGUGUCUAUAAAGCCAAGGUUGAUGAUUCCUCCUCUGAUCACUUUUCUCUUCAUCAGACCAAAUUUUAUAUUUCUGUUCAGAUUCUUUAA